CCUUCUUGCAGGGUGGAUAAUAUACGACAGUACCGUGUAAGAGAACAAUCUAUUCAAGUGACCUUGCCACGCAAGGAGGACGCAGGAACGUUACCUUCGGCGGUCCCUGUGUGUGUACUACUGUGUACAAACAUUGGUAGGGGGCAGCGAGUAGGUAUGACUAUGGAGAAAGGGGAUGUACUCCGUACUCCUACCGCAACUCGCCAAGUACUACUCGGUACUAACUUGGUCCCUUUUCCAAAGUUCCUUUCUUUGGCUCGCUGACCCAAGUGCCGAAAGCAAUUCAUUGCGAUUUCCGGGAUCUGGCACAGCAGCCCGCUUUCCCCCCUCUCCAUCUAGUCUGCCAACGAAGAAGGGGGGGGAUGAACAGCACCGAACACGGCCAACGAGCGCGAAUACGCACACAAAAGAGAGAGAGAGCGAGAGAUUGCAAAAAAAAUGUAAAAUACAAAGGGUCAGAGCGAAAACGGGCCCCGUUGCGAAACCGGGGAAGCCGAUUCUCUGGGUUUGUUACUACUGGUAGGAGGAGGUUAUUGUACCUGAUGACCUGAAAAGAAAAUGUGUCGGGCGCCCGUUUUCGUGAGGCUGAAACGAAACGGGGACCGUUUUCGUCGCCCUGUUGUUUCUUAUUCGGCGCCUGGGCCCUCCCUUCUCUGGCCCGUGACCGACUGUAGAAGCUACCUACAAGUAGGGCUAAGAGGUUUUGUUUGUUGUUGUCGAUGCCUGACCCGGCGCCGGAUCCGAGCGAGCGAGCGAGCGAGCAAUUCUCGUCGGGACUUGUUCCUAGCUGAACCUGGGAGUUCCCCUUAGCUUGAGGCAAAGGUGCCGCUACAAAGUUGCGAGCGACUCCAGAGAGGGGGGGUUGUUGGCCUGUUUGGCGGGUUUUGCCAGAACCAGACACCAAACGACAGGGUUUGACACAGUAAAGGCCCCGGAAAGAAAAACGCAAACCACAUAGAAAAGGAAAGAAGAGAGGAGGCGAACGAGGGAAUGGUGGAUGGUGGAUGGUAACCCGACGAUAAAUCGCCGGCCAUGUGACCUUCCAAACGCGCCCCCGGUAAUUCCACCCUUCAAAAAGGGUCAAGCCUCGCUCCUCCACCGCGCUUCGCAUUCUUUUUCCGUGCCUCGCCGCCUGGCGCUUGUGGGUAAAAGAUGGGUAGUGGCGGGAAUGUA